CCAACUUUGUGUGUGUGUGUGUGUGUGUGUGUUGGUUUGAGUGGCUUGUUGGAGUUAGAUUAGUGUGACUCUGCAGUCAUUAAUUUUGCAUGCUGAUCAUCUGAACUUUUUCUGUCUCUUUCUUUUUUAUGGGUUGAAUUUAUAUUUGCUACACGAUUUUUUCUUCUGGGAGGAGAAGGGAGUUGUUAUAAUCUUUCUUCGUGCUUGUUAUCUCCGUCCCUGGACUGCUUUUAUUCGUUAACAAAAAGUAAAGGUAUGGCCUGGAUGCAGAAUAUGUACAAGAAAUUCGAAGUUAUGUGUUUGGAGUUGGAUGAUAUCUUGGAGCAGGAAGGGUUGAAAUAUGCCGACCACUUGCAGACAGUAGGUGCCAAUGUCAAGCAAUUUUGCUCAGAUAUUGUGCGAGAUGUGCAGCCUCAGCCGUCUGAGGAUACUGUGGAUGGCGUAGCUAGCGUCUCUUGUCUAGUGAAAAACACCGAGUCAGAUAAAAUGUCAAAGGAAGGCAUUGUCCAAAACCAUUUUGAUAUGGAACCUUGCAACGUGAGUCGUUUGCUCUACUCAUGUUCUGUUGAACCUAUCAAGGCCACAAAGAAUGAUCUGUCUUUGGAGGAAAUGGUUGUUGCUGAGAUAUAUGAAAAAUCAGUGUCAAGUCUUAAGGAAAAUCGUUCCGAGGAGAAGCAAGUUCAGCUUGAGACAUUGGAUACCCCAGAAGAGACAGAUCUAAGCAUUUCAGUAUUAUCUUCAACAUCUUAUGAUCUACUAGAAAGUAACUCUUUAACAGAGGUAAUUCCAAUAGAUGGGCUAUCUUCAAAAUCUGUUAAUUUGGUUGACUCGUAUGAAAGCAAGGUUCCAGAGUUGGGAUUUACUUCUAGCGAGGCCUUAGCUGAAUCAAUCAGACAGAUAGACAACUCCACUGAAGAUGCUACCAAUCCGGGAUCAUCUUCUUCAGUGAAGCUUGAUGGGAGUUGCUUUGUUACAGAUUGCAAUGAGCUUUCUUCUGUUUCAUAUGAAGCAGGACAACUAGGGUCUUCCAAGGAAACCUUGGAUAAUGUUUCGUUCAAAAAAAGGAAGGCAGCGAAUCAGGUUUUCAAUCAGGAACCAGCUUUUGAUCCAAACCCCAGUCAACGGAAAGAAAGUUUUGCAUCAACUGUUAUUACCAGACCAGAUCACGAUCCCUGCGAUUCCGACUGGGUGAUUGUCUAGAUAAAUUAGAACAUGAUUAAUUCGGCGAUUCAAGUGAUUUUGUUGCCUCAUUCAUGCAAAUAAAGGAUGUAAACUCGUUUCAGAUGCUUUGAAUUAAUGCGGCUAGUACAUCCCUGAUGAUUUUAUA